UAUUGAUUAUUAAUUAGAACUAAUAGAUUUAAAUACAAUAAGCUGAGUAGUUAUGUCGGUAAUUAUUGAUUUCAACGGUUAUUUUAUCACUGCGUCAAAUUUUGUAGCCAAAGAAUUCGGUAUUAUGACAGUAACUGAGGAUUCUAGUGGUGCUUUUAUCGAUGAGAAGGGAUUAUUUAAACCAUUUUGUAAUUGGAAUGAUUUACCAGAUGAGUUGCAAUCAUUUUAUUCAUUAGUAAUAAAUAAACUCAAUGGAAUACCAUGGGAGAGUGGAAAUAUUUCGUCGUUCGAUCAGGAAAGUAUUUUUAAAAAUUAUUUGAAGAAUGCGAAGUUAAUUAUUGUUCCGAAUGAAUUGAAAAAAAAAUUAUUGAUGCAAAUAAUUGGUAACUAUAAAAAAAUUUUGUGCAUGACUGACGUUAAAUAUGAUGACAUUGAAAAAUUGGGGACUAAUUGUUCGAAUCACAAUAAUCCGAGUGAAAAUAAUUGCGCUUAUGACAAUGUCACGAGAAUAAAACAUUUUCUAGAAAAAACGGGUAUGGCGCAUAUGCUCAAUUUUGAACCGCGUGGAAGUAUUAGAGAAGAAAAUCAAUCGUUCGUCAAUUUUCUAGUCGAGGAAACUUUUAAAAAUAAUUGAGAAUAUUAUUUAAAUUGAGCGGGACCACUAGU